UCACCAGCGACUCGUGAAACCGGCGUUUUGCGUGUGCAUACCUUUUUAAAUUCAAUUAAACUGUAAAAUAAUAUAGAAUACAGAUAAUGAAAGCAAUAAUUCAACGAGUCACAGCAGCAAAAGUUACUGUUGGGGAUGAAUUGGUUAGCUCGAUAGGACGAGGCCUUUGUGUGCUGGUGGGAAUAUCGACCGACGACAAUGCCAACGACGUAGACUGGCUCGCUCGGAAACUGUUGAACAUUCGGCUGUUCGAAGAACCGUCCACCGGUAAGCGAUGGAUGGAAUCGGUGGUGGAUCAGCAGUUGGAAAUACUCUGCGUCAGUCAGUUCACGCUGUACCAUCGCAUGAAAGGAAACCGGCCGGAUUUCAGCCGCGCCAUGCAGGGUGCCGACGCACAGCAGCUGUACGGAACGUUGUUGCAGAAACUGCGCGACCAGUACGCCCCGGAGCGUAUCCAGGACGGUCGGUUUGGGGCGAUGAUGCAGGUGCACAUCCAGAAUGAUGGUCCGGUAACGUUGGAGAUCGAAUCGCCUGCCCAAAGCGAGCAGGAGCGUCAAAAGCUUCCGCGUGCUCAGGACCACAAAGCUAAAGUGGCCAACAAACAAGCGGUAAAGGCGGAGCCAAAUCCGGAUAAUCAACCUGGCAGGAUUGAUAAGUUAACUCUUGGAGAUUGACUCGAUUUUUAUCACGAAAAACGUUCAUAUCGUGUUAUUUAAUUACGCAGAAUGUUUUUAAAAAAUUAAUUUCAGUUUAAAUAAAUAAUCCUAAACGUG